AGAGGGUGCGGGGCGGAGCAGGCUGUGCCGGGGGACGCGGCUGUGGGGCGGAGGCAGCCUCGCUCCGCCCCGGCCUGCGUCGCCCCCUUGCGCGAUCCCAGCCUCCGGACGCGCACGGAGCCCGAUCUCGGGGCGCAGCGUCCCGUCCCGUCCCGUCCCCCACCAGCCGCCUCCGCCGCUCCAGCACCCUUCUUCUCCCAUGGGGACCCUCCCGGAGCGCGGCCACCCGCCCUCGCCCCGCGCCUGGUGACGCUACCCCAUGGAUACCAGCCCCCCGACUCCGGACUCUGGGGGCCCGCGGAGGGACUUUGUGGAUUCUGACCAAGGACCCCCGUCUUUUGAGGGGCUUCUGGGGCGGCUGGGGGCUGGGGGGCGAAGGCAGCGCCUCCUCCUGGCCCUGACCUGCCUGCCAUGUCUCCUCCUGGGGCUCGGAGCCGGCUCGGACGCCCUCUUCACCCUGACGCCUCCGCGCCACUGCCGGGAUCCCAACGCCACCCGGUUCCCGGACAACGCGACAUGCUGGGACCCCCGCUGCCAGAGCUGGGAAUAUGGAGGCCUCCCAGCCCUCACCAACAACCCGGUGACCGAGUGGUCCCUGGAUUGUUUCCGAGGAUGGAUUGUCCCCUUGGAGCAGCUCUGCUUCCUCCUGGGCUUUGCCGCAGGGGCGCUGCUGCUGGGGCACCUGGCAGACAGCGUGGGGCGGCGCGGGACCCUCCUCCUGGCCCUGGCUCUGGGCUGCCCUGCGGGCAUCUUGGCUGCCUUUGCCGCCUCGCCCUCCAUCUUCAUGUUGGGCCGUUGCCUCUGGGGGGCAAUGCUGGGGGGCAUGCAGCUCUCCCUCUACCUUAGCCGCUUGGAGCUGUGCUGCCCUCCCCAGCGGCUGCCCGUGACCAUGGCGGCGGACCUCCUCAUGGUUGGGGGGCACUUCCUUCUUCUGGGGCUGGCGUUGGCGUGCGGAGGUUGGCGAGUUUUGCAGGGCGUCAUGGCAGCUGGGCUGGGCCUCUGCCUCGUGUAUGGGUGCCCUGGAUUGUACCCAGACUCACCCCGGUGGCUCUUAGCCACUCGACGGACAGCCCAAGCCAAGGAGAUCCUGAUAGCCCUGGCUCAGGGCAGUGGAAGCCAGGAGUCGGAGGCACAGGAGGCCCUGGAAGAACUUGAUAAUAUCUGCCACCUCCCCGCUGCGGCCCAGAUUUCGUUCCGGGCCAUGCUGUCCUGCAGAAACAUCUGGAAGAAUGUUCUCAUCCUCGGUUUCACUACAUUCAUCGCCCAUGCCAUCUGCCACUGUUACCUGCUGGCCUGGGAAUCCCUGGAGGACCCACGGGCCAACUUCUACCUCUCCUACCUGCUGUCAUCCGGCAGUGCGGGCCUUGCCUGCCUCUUCCUGUGCCUGAGCGUGGACCGUUACGGACGCCGUGGGAUCCUUCUCCUCACCACCACGCUGGCCGGCAUCGCUUCCCUGAUCCUGCUGGGCCUGGGAGAGUAUCUCAACGAUGCUGCUCGGAGAACCUUCUCCAUCCUUGGCCUCUUCUCCUCCCACGCAGCUGGAUCCCUCAGCAUCUUCUUCGCCUCCGAGGUCAUCCCCACCGUGAUCAGGGGCAGGGGCCUGGGCCUGAUCCUGGCCGUGGCGUCCCUGGGUGGGCUGAGCGCCCCUCUGCUGCGCCUGCGAGAGCAGCACGGCUCCUUCCUCGAGCACAUCGUCCUGGCCUCCCUCAACAUCCUGGCCCUCCUCUGCCUGAUGCUGCUGCCCGAGAGCAAGCGGAAGGGGCUGCCGGAGGGCCUCCGCGACGGGGAACUCUACCGGAGGCCUUCGCUGCUCCGCCGGGCCGGAGGAGGAGAAGGCCGGGACUCGGAAGGGGCCACCCGGCGGGACGACGUCCCUCUGCUGUCCACGCCGAACCCAGCCAGCUGAUGCACCCUCUGCCGCUGCCGUACAUGCCC